CAUUAAUUUCGUGGCCUGAAAGGCGACGAAAUUCAUGCCAUCGAGGCAUCAGGGCAUAUCGUAACAAAUGUUGCAGCGGAAAAAAAGCUUUGACACUUUUGCUGAAAGUGUGCCCAAGCGGUGAGCGUGCAGCAAUCAGUAUAGUAGGAUAUAAGCCAUGGGGGCCAAAUGUCGAGUUCGCAGGCCGGGGCCUAUAG